GCGCCCCGGAGCCUGGGCCCGAGCCAGGUGAAGAUCCGCCCGCGGGGUUGCGGCGACGGGGCCCUCCUCGGCCGCCUCGGGGUGCUGGUCCAGGCGCUGCUGGCCCUGGUGGCCUUCAGCACCCUCAUGCUAAAACGAUUUAAGGAGCCAAAGGAUGAGAGACGACCCUGGAGGAUAUGGUUUUAUGAUACUUCCAAGCAAGCUAUUGGCGCGCUCUUCAUCCACUUCGCCAAUGUCUUCCUGUCCGAUCUUACAGAAGAAGACCCCUGCUCUCUUUACCUAAUGAAUUUCCUCUUGGAUGCCACAUUGGGUAUGCUGUUGAUUUGGUUCGGGGUGAAGGCGGUGUCCUGGAUUGUGGAAGACCGGAAAUGCAAACACCUCGUCUUUGGAGAGUAUGGUGACCCUCCACAAGCAGCCGCUUGGAUUGGCCAGUGUCUCUUCUAUUUGCUUAUUAUGGUCUUUGAGAAGACUGUCGUUGGCCUUGUUUUACUCAUUCCUGGUUGGACAAAGCUUCAGGAAAUUCUUCUGGGUUAUAUCCCUGACCCUCAGUUGGAACUUGUGCUGGUGAUGCUCGUGGUACCGUUUAUUGUCAACGCAGUGAUGUUCUGGGUGGUGGACAGCUUGAUCAUGAAGAAGUAUAAGCAGAAGGAGAUCCAGUGGUGUGUUGAACCACCCCCAUGCUACAGCAAUGAAGAGCACCAGGGGCUGCUUUCUCCGGCGUUGGAUUUCGACCGCUCGGGAAGUGACCCAGAACUUUCAGGAUCUCUUCUCCAUGGCAGACGCCCUGUGAUAGAGCAGACAGAAUCUCAGCUGUCGGUUUAACAGGGACAGAUAACGGGGAUGGAAUGUGCAAACCGAGAGAAACCCAGUAAAAAUACAUGGUGGAUUUUUCUUCAAGGAACCCUGUGCUCUUCUUGGAGUUAGAAAUGAUGCGUGUAACAACCAGGGGAUUUCAGCCAACUGGAGACUUAAUUAAGGGUCACUAGGAGGCGCUAAUCUAUUAAUGAUUUUUGUUGGAAUGCAUGUUCUCCGUAUGAAUUCUGGGGAGUACAGUCUGAGUAUUCUGGUGGACAGAAGAUUCUGUUUUGCAAUGUAUUUUUGUCUCCUGAGUUCAUUCAAGCAGAUGCUGGAGCAUGUUGAAUGAACAUUUCUGGCUGACCAGCCACUGGUGGGUCUGGUUUGGA